CAACAAAUUUUUCUACCCCUUGACAUCCUUAUAAGAGCAUCAACCUUCACCCUCGUUAUUAAUCUCCCUCAUCACAACAACGAAAACAAUCUAAACUAACACCACACACACAUAUCUAAUAAUUAGCAUCAGCAUCAUGGGGCUAAGCUCACGAACUAUAGAGAUUACGGUUAUUUCCGGUGAAAACGUUCAUGUGAAGGAGGAAUCAUACGUCGUCGUUCGAGCUGAGUCACUCAAAUCUUGCACAACAAAAGCAGCCAAAAACACUCACAUUAUUAUCAACAAUAAUCAUAGCUCAAGUUUGAUUUCAUGGAACGAGAAGUUAUUGCUUGAGAUUCCAAUGCAUGCAAGGUCCAUUACAUUUGAAGUUCAAUGCAAGAAUUCAAGAGCAAGUAGUGCUAGACCCGUUGGGAUGGCAAGGAUUGCUAUUUCGGAUAUAUUGUUGGGUGGUUCGGGGUUCGGCAGCGACAGCGACGGCGUCAAUAAUGUGUUGAGUUAUAGGUUGAGGGACUGGGAUGGACGGAGAAAUGGAGUUAUUCAUUUCUCCGUAACGACUGCGAAGAUCUCGGCCGCCGUGGAAGAAGCAGUGGAGGCGCCGGUGAAGGGUUUGGUGGAGGAUCACAUGAAGAAGAAUAAUAAGAACUCCAAUGAAGUUGUUCUUGGUGUUCCUUUAUGGUGGAACUACCCCAAUAUUAUUUGAAGAUCUAUAUUAUUGCUCUCUUUUUUGUUGUUUUUUAAGUUUAUUCAUUUUUUGUUUUUCCAGAUCAAGGAUUCAUUUAAUUAAUUUCUCUUU